UGUUUCCUCCAAUCAUUGUGGGGGGGUCACACCUAACCAUCAUUGGGUGACUGCUCUCCAGCUAUUCAGGUGCUGGGGGGGGGGGGGGAGCGAAGUCUUUAUAAGCGCGCGCCGUGUUAUCUGUUUAAACACUGCGCGUAAAGUGGAUCCUCCGCCACUUUGGUUUGUGGUCUCUACAUAGAUUUACUUUGGGAAUUGGAUUCUUUCUGGCCCCCCCCUAAAAAAACCGACAUGGCAGCCCCCCUCACCAAGUUCAGCUUUUCCGUCAGGAGCAUCCUGGACCUGCCUGAGCGGCACGCGGACGCAGCGCCGCCGCGGUCGUCUUCGGUCUUCAUGUGCGCCUCCAGCCCGCCUUACGCCGCCUGGACGGACGGAGAACCGGGUCUUUGUUUAUCUUCAGAUGAGGGCAGCCCAGACGCCUCUCCAGACUCAACCAAGCCGGACGACUCCGCUCUGGACUCGGAACCGCAGAGGACCCAGAAGAGCAAGAAGCGCCGCGUUCUGUUCUCCAAAGCUCAAACCCUGGAGCUGGAGCGGCGCUUCCGCCAGCAGCGGUACCUGUCCGGGCCGGAGCGGGAGCAGCUGGCCCGGAUGCUCAGCCUGACGCCGACGCAGGUGAAGAUCUGGUUCCAGAACCACCGCUACAAGAUGAAAAGGGGUCGGGUAGAGGGGGCGCUGCAGGACGCGGACGCAGCGCAGCCCCCCGUCCUGCGCAGGGUCGUUGUUCCGAUUCUGGUCCGGGAGGGGAAGCCGUUCCAUCCCUGCUUCUUGGACACGGACUCCGUCUGCUCCUCUUCCUCCUCUCCCUCCGCGCAGCCGCUUCCCUUCUCCGUGGCCUUCCCGUCGCUCCCGCGGUCCUCCCCCCUUGUUCUUCCUCCGCGGUUCCAGCAGCACUUCCCGGCCCCCGGGUUCGCUUGGAGGGACUUCUGGAGCGAGUCGGUUCCGUUCGGUCAUUUGAAGUAAAGACCUCGGCUCGCGUGGACUCAGAUGAUUUCUAAAUGAACCAAGACAUUUUCACUUUAGCAAAACUUUUAUAUUUUUGCACAUUUUUGGUUAAAUGUUUCUGUUUUCACUCGAGUUUUUUCAUUUUCUUUAGUAAAAUUGAUUUUCAGUGUUUCUAAACUGCAGCAUAUAGAAAAGAUAAAGCUUGUUUGUAAGGAGAUAUUUCAAUGUGAACAAUAAAAUGUUUU